AUGGCAACCAUCAUCCAGCCUCCGUCCACGAGUCCCCGGCCGCAGGUCUUGGCAGCUUUGGCGAUCCCAUCAGUUGAUCAUUUCAUUAUAACAUCUGUUUUCUCGAGCAGCUUGAAUGGCGAAAUUCACUUGCUCAAUUCUCAUUCUGGAGCUGUAGUGCAAACGAUCAAAGCCCACAACGCUGGUGUACGGUGUCCAGAGUUUCUAGAUGAUCGGACCGUCAUAUCCGGGUCCAAAGACGGCUCUCUUCGAGUAUGUGAAUUAUCGAACGAUUCCCUCGAGCGACAAAAGAUUCUUACUGGCCAUACUGCGGAGGAGAAUGCAUACAUGUUCUGCAGGGUCACACAUCUGGUAGUCAUUUUGUAA